GGGAUCUGGUUUCAUAGAGUGGUUAUGUGUGGACACAGGAACGAAAACUUUAAAAAAUAAUUUAUUUUUUACUGUGAUACGUCAUAUAAUGUUUGUCUGAAGAUCGUCUAUUCAAUCAUCUUAAACGAGUGAGAUGGACGCUAAUUCCAAUCCACCACCAUCACCUGAGUCUCUCAUAGAGAAUAGUGCAACCCACAAAUGUCUCAACCCUCCUGUUCCAUCCACUAAAUCCAUUCCAGGCACUGAGACGGCUGGUCCCCCUUUCUCCAACUCUGGCAGCACAGACCCACCCUCUAAAUCUCCUUCUGUAACUCAAGAUACUACAUUAAAACACCCUAAUGUUAAAACCUGUAACGUUCCAGCGAAACCAACAACAGUUAAACCAACCCCUGCAUCAUCACAAAUCUCUAAAACUACUCCAACUAUGCCAGCUCCAUCAUCAUCAUCAUCAAAAUCAACACCAUUAAUAUUAUCUUCUCCCAAUGAUCCAUCCACACCCAGCAUCACCAUUUCUGCUGAUCCUAACCCAUCUACAGCUUCUCCCGAGGGUUCAUCGUCCACCCCCAAAACACCUGCAGCGGGCUCCGGUAAACUCCCCCGUCAACGGAGCUUUUUGGUUGCGGCCCAAAAGGUGAUGAUGCAGGAGAAAAUAAGAAAGGAUGAGGAGCAGGACAAAGCUGAAGAAUAUGAUGAUAUGGAUGAAGAUCUGCCAUUUGAGGAGCUCCUGGAGAAAGCUGAAGCUGGAGACCCUAGAGCACAGAGUAGACUUGGUAAAUACUACCUUAAACUGGCAGAAGAAAAAGACACAGAGACAAAUAACCACAUAGCUGUUGAAUGGUUGGUGAAGGCAGCAAAACAAGGUCGGAGAGAUGCAGCCAAACUACUUCAGAAAUGCUGGAUCCAAAAGAAAGGCAUCACACCAGAGAACACACAAGAGGUGAGAAGGCUGUCCUCAGAGAGUAAGUUUGAACAGGCAGUAAGGAGAGCAGCCAUGACAAUGUAUUGGAAACUCAAUCCUGAUAGAAAGAAGAAAGUAGCUAUGUCUGAGAUGCUGGAGAAUGUCAACCAGGUCAAUACUGUACCAGGUGAACCUGCUGUAUGUGGUGUAACACCCAGCAUUCAUUCUCAGAGGAAAAUCCUUGAGACAAUGGUGUCUAAUGGAUCUGGCUCUAAGUAUGUGGAUGUGGAAGAUUUUGUGGAGAUGACAAAAAAGUUCACAGAAGGCAAGGAGAUUUUAAGGAAAAAUGAUGCAGCCACAUUUGAUACGAAAAAAAAUGAAUUGGCCCCUGCUGUUCAUAAGCGUCAUCGAAAGUCUAGUUGGGGAAUGGGGAGCAGUGGGAUGAUGCUGGCUUCCAGACGCAGCGGUGCAAUGAAGAGAGCCCUGGACAUUUUGGGUCUGCAGUACCCACUCCAUGCCAUUAUUGAGAUGAAGGAACAUUUAAUUGACUGGGCAUCUCGUGCUGGUGUCCAAUGGCUGAGCACCAUCAUCCCAACACAACACGUCAAUGCUCUUAUCUUCUUCUUCAUCAUCUCCAAUCUCACCAUUGAUCUGUUUGCCUUCACCAUCCCGCUCCUCAUCUUCUACCUCUCCUUUAUCUCCAUGGCCAUCUGCACACUGAGAGUCUUCCAGAGCAGCAAAGGCUGGGAGAACUUCCGUGCCUUUACUGCCCUCCUCACACGCUUCGAGCCCAGCUUAGACGUGGAGCAAGCGGAGAACAACUUUGGUUGGAACAACCUGGAGCAGUACUUCUACUUCAUGAUAUCCGUGUUCUUUGUGAUCUUCACUUUCCCGGUUGCAGAUAAAGGCUGGAUCCCAUGUUCAGAGCUUUCCACGGUAGCCAUCUUCUUCACAGUACUGAGCUACAUGAGCCUGAGCCCGUCUGCAGCAGCGUACGCUCGAAAGGCACUUAUCAUUGAGGUGGCUUCAUCUUUGUGUGCCUUGACCAGCAGGUUGCCAAAGGAAAUGGUGAUGGCAAGGAAGCUGGGACAUAUUUUCACAACCAUCCCUCUAGGAGAAUCAGUGGUGUUGGAGCUCAGUGUACCCUGUGUGCUCUACAUCUACCUUUUCUACCUGUUCUUCAGUAUGGCACGUGUGAGGGGAUUCAGAGGGACGUACUGCUUUCUGGUGCCAUACCUAGUCUGCUUUGUGUGGUGCGAAUUCUCUGUGGUUCUGCUGCGGAAUUCCACCACCAUCGGUCUUAUCCGCACUUGUGUCGCCUACUUCCUUUUCCUGUUUGCGUUACCUGUCCUGGCUAUGGGUCUGAUAGUGAUGCUCCUGAUUCAGGUGGUCAAGUGGUUCCUGGAGUUGGAGUUGACUAAAAUGCUGGUGACACUGGCGCUGUGCGCCGUCCCUGUGAUGCUGCGGCUUUGGACUCGAUUCAGCCUCUCCAUUCUAAAUGUCUUCCGUUCCAUCACCGACAGAGGCCCAGUGAAGCUGAUCCUCCUGUGCAUCAGUACAGUGAUUUUUCUCUGUGGUGUCUAUGUCUAUAAUGCUGAAGGUCUGAGGGUUUAUAACUCCACACUCACCUGGCAGGAAUAUGGUACACUGUGCGGCCCACAUGCCUGGCAGGAUCAUGGGACGGCUCAAACACAGCUCCUCUGCAGCCACCUGGAAGGCCAUCGUGUCACCUGGACAGGAAUAUUCCGUCGUAUUCGCAUAGCUGAGAAGGAAAACGGAGCUCAGUCUGUUAUAAACAUACUACCAGUGUUCAUGGGUGACUGGCUGCGGUGUCUCUAUGGUGAGGUUUAUCCGAAGUGUGAACCACAGAAUAAUACGUCUCCGGUUGUGAAUGUCACAGACGUCGUCCCAGAGCCUGUCAACACCACAAUGCUGUUCCUCCAGCAGGAAGAGGCGGAACUCUGUCGGAUAAAGGCCUUUGCUAAACACCAAUGCCACGUUAAACGCUUCGACAGUUACCGCUUUGAGGUGACGGUCGGCAUGCCGGUGGAUGGGGUCACAAAACUUGACGAUCCGGCAAGCGACAUCCUCCUAAUGGCAAGUCAUGAGUUUAAACAGGUGCUGCUGAACCUCGAUCCAGGCAGCAUGGUAGAGUUCAGCACAAAGUUGGAAGGGAAGCUGGGUACCAAACUACCUGCAUUUGAACUGAAAGCCAUACACUGUCUGAACUGCAGCUCGUCAUUGGUGCCUGAGGGACGACAGGUCAAGAUCGAGCGCAACUGGAGGAAAACAAUGCUUAAAGCCAUUAAAUUUGCAUUUGACUUUUUCUUUGCUCCGUUUCUUUGUGCUAGGAUCAAUGUGUAAAAGAGAAGUGGAAGGAAAGAUGAGAUGGAAAGCUGAAUCACAGUCAAAGUGUUUGAAAGUGAAAGUGAAGUGAUGUGUAGCCAAGUAUAGUUUCCCAUACUCGGAAUUUGUGCUCUGCAUUGGACCCAUCCAAGUGCACACACACAGCAGUGAGUAGUGAACACACACCCGGAGCAGUGGGUAACCUUUUUUUUUUUUUGCUGCGGCGCACAGUAGUACACUUGUAGUGUCUUUUUUAUAUUAGGCUGAUACCACUUUUUUGGAGCUGUUUGUGCAAAAUUGUGCAUGCUGUGAUUGGUUAUCACCUUAACUUUCAUUAAUAAGUCACAAACAUUUUUAUGUUGUAUCCAUAAUCCAUGUAAAAUACAUUCAAAUAUGAAUAUUAGAAGAAUUAUGGAUAGGGCUGUGACUGUAGGCAUGACAACCGCGCCACCGCGGUCGUGGAGUGUCACCGGCGGUAGUGUGACGUAUAUAUAUAUAUAUAUAUAUAUAUAUAUAAAUCUUAAAGGUCGCGGGAAAAAAUGACGGAAAAAAUCUGCAGCCCGUCUGUCAUUUUGACAGAUUACUGAGGCUGAUGUUGCAUGUUGCUUGUAACUGUAAUUCUCACCCCUGUCCAGUAGGUGGUGAGUGCGCUCCAGUGUGGCAGCAGAGAGCGAGUUCAGUCUCCAGAAUAGAAUUAAAACUAUACACACAGACGAGCACCCAGUUUAUUUUCCAUUUUAUAAAAAUAAAGUUAUAAUACUUAUACUUGCUUACAUAAUUAAGUUUCUAAUCCAGUUCGUUUUGUUUUAAAUGGUUCCUUUUGUUAUUUUUCUUUCUGACUAUAAGUUUAUGGUCAACGACUGGCUUUUCUGAGGUAUAAUGCUACGUGACAUUGUUUGAAACACUGAUUGAACUGACGUGAUACAGAUUUCGGUAAGCUAAUGUAUCUUUCAACAUAUUUUUUGAUUUUCAUUCAUGUUUAUUUCGUUCUGUACAGUAGUAAAGAGGAAAGGAUGAUCGCAUUCACUCACGAUCCUCGACAAUUGUUCAAAAUGAAAAGUGACGCAGUCUUUGAUCAACUUUCUUUUCAUAAUAUAAAUAAAUGUAUAGCCUUUGCCUAUUUGCUUAUCCUGUAAGUUCGUGAAUAAAAAUGAAAAUGUGGACGAAAUCAGAAGCUAUUAAAUGUAUUAUCAUUAAAAUAUAAAAAUUAAAAUGACGGGUAAUAAUUGAUUAUGACGGAUUUUUUUGCGAUCUUGCGCAAGUCUAACGCAACCUCUGAUAUAUAUAUAUAUAUAUAUAUAUUUAUAUAUAUAUAUAAAACCAACCCGGACCCCACCACCGCAACACCGGCGGUUGUUGGUGAUUUCCCACCGCGGUAGUAAAAAAUUGCCACCGUCACAGCCCUAAUUAUGGAGUUAAAAGUUUCAUGACAGUUCUGUUUUAAUGUACACUAUAAAAUGCUUUGCAUUUCAUUAUAGCAAACAGUUUGUUAAAGAAAUUAAAAUUCUUUCAUUUACAAAUUAAUUAUUUAUUAUCCAAUGAGUUUAAAGCGUUUCAUUCCAUAUUUUAUUCACCAUGUUUUUUUAGCAAGCUUUGCUGAAAUUAGAAUUCUCUGCUUUUAAAAUCCAGCAUGCGCAAGAUGCUGAAAAACUGAGAUGUUUAUAUAGAAAAACAAUUAAAAAGCAGCGCAGCAGAAAAACAUGUUCUAUGUGAAGCAUCCAUUUUUUGUCCAGUGCCAAAGUAGGUUAGGGUUUUGUUUGAUAUUUCUAGGCAUUUCCUUUCUUUUCUUUUUUUUUUUUUCUUAUCUAUUUAACCACCAGAUUUGAUCUAAGAACCACCAUUUCUGACCUUUUACAUUUUUUUAAGCUUCAGAAAUUCAGCCUUUGCAACCCAAAUGAUUAAAGCACAUAUUUAUGAUAACGAUCCAUGUGCAAUGGAUCUUUAUUCCCAUUUUUGAAUGUUUUUUUUUUAGAUUGAUUUUUGUCAUAAAUAAGAAUGCAUGGAAUACUUUUUAGUAUUUAUUUAUCAAAGUGUGUUUCUGUAAACAUGAGCCUUAUCUAUUAUUUGUUAGUUUAAAUAUUGUUUUUUUGUUUGUUUUUUUAAUUAGUCUACAUUAUUCAUAAAAAUCUACAUACACCCACACAGCCUGCACAAAUUGUCGCACUGAGAUGAUGUCACUGUUAAAUGGAAAAGCCAUCUCCAUACAGAUGUUUUCCUUAAAUGUCCUAUGACAAGUAUAUAUAAAACGUGUUUACAAUAUCUCUGUGAUAAUACUUUUAUUUUUGUGAAAAUGUAAAAGUGAAUUAAAGAAUAUCACUAUAAGCAUGUCA